AUGAGUUCGCGUCCACGUCGCUCAGCAGCCACUAAGGCCAAUGAAGUCAUUUCUGUUCAUGCCAGAUGGGCUGACUCUCCAGAAAGAAGCGAAAGAAGCAUGUCGUCACGACGAUCUGGUCGCGCCUCAGGCGUGUCCGUCUCCCGAGAUGAUGCCUCAUCACCAGGUGGCGAUCGUCAUUUGAGUUUGACUGUCAAACUUCCUUCCAACAAACUACGACAGGCUACACGCGGGGAGCGUGGCUUUGAAGGCGGAGAAAUCGUAUCCGGAAAGCGGAAUCGAGGAGCUAAGAAAAGUUAUGUGGUUGACUCAAGCCCCGACGAAGAUGAGGAAGAGGAAGAGGAGGCAGAGAUUGAGGUGGAGGAAGACGAUGACGAUGAGAUGGAUGUUGAUGCUGAGGGAGAGGAGGAUGCUGAGGGAGACAUCGAUAUGGAUCUAGCCCCCCCAACCAUCACCGUUUCCAAACCAGCCCGGUCUAAGCCAGCACCUCGAGCAUCGGCUGCCAAGGUCAUCCAGGAUGAUGACGACGAAGACGACGAGCUUAGUGACCCCGCUGAUAGCGACGCUGGAGACGAGACUAUAGGUUUUGGUGAUGAGACCAUGGCUGACGAUGGUGACGAGGAUGCUGAAGGUGAGGAGAUCGAGGUCGCAGGCCAAGAAGGAGAUGAGGAUGACGAAGACGAAGAAGAUGAGGAGGAGGAAGAUGAUGAAGGCGACAGAGGCGACGAUGACGACGAAGAUGAUGACGAAGAUGGUAACCCAGACGAGUCUAUUGAUCUCACCAAAAUGACAAAGAGGCAACGAGCUCGAUUUGAAGAUGACAAUGCGCACCAGUACAUGAAGUUGUCAGACGAGGUACAAGCGAAGAAGGUUUUUACAGCUGAGGAAUUGUCCAUGCGUCGACAGGAGAUGGCCCGGCGACGCCGUAACUUGAGUGAAAAGCGAAAUGAGGAAGUAAAGAUGGAAACAAUCAACAAACUCCUUAAAAAGCAAGCUCCCAAGAUCAACCGCAAGGCUGCAGCUGCUGGCGCAGGCGGUUUAGAAGACUCGAACAAGCCUGAUCCUGUCUUUGUUCGGUGGGUCAGCAACAAAACUGGAGUUCGAGUGGCAGUGACAGAAGAGAUGCUUGACAGCCCGGCCGGUCAGGUUUUCAAGCCUGCAUCUAAAUUGGCACCGGGUAAGAUGGUCCAGGAAGUUGCUUAA